CUCUGUGCUCGUAAUAAUGGAACGACGAAAGUUUGUUGGACUAGAAGUUUUUGCCCUAUUGGCGCUGGCGGCACUUCCAGAGCUCGCCUGCUGCCAACUGGCUGCACCGAGAGUCAUCUGCGGGGCCGAGGGCCGGCUGCCAGACCCCACGGACUGCGGCUACUACGUGGACUGCACGAAGAACAGCGACGGCAGCUACACGUCGACCGUCAGCCCGUGUCCCGCCGGCACCUACUACGAUUCCUGCCAGGGCGACUGCAGCAAAACUCAGCAACCAUCCGUCUGUUCCUUUGCCUGUGAUAAUGAUGGCAUUGCCGGAUUUCCACCUGAAAAUCCGUCUGUGUACUUUGUGUGUACCGCUGGUAGUGUACCGACCUUAACUGUUACUAAGUGUCCUAGUGGUACUGCAAUCGGUGUUGACAUGACCAGUUGCAUAGGUAUUGCCCCCGACUGUCCAGUCAAUAAUGAGUCGCCUGGGCCCUCUACAUGCAACGGAACUUAUUAUUACGGACAUACGAAUAACUGUUCCGUUUACUACUACUGCAGUGGCCCAGGAGCGACACCAGAAGCGACGUACUGCAACGCUGACGAAUACUUCAUCAGUUACAACCACAGCUGCACCAAGUUUCAGUGCACGUCGCAGGGCUUUUUUGCAGAUCCAGCCGAUUGUGCCUCUUUCUAUUACUGCGUUGGCGAUGCUUCGGAAGCGACGCAGCUUACGUGUGCGAGUGGUACUCAUUUCGACAGCUCGGUUGGAGAGUGUUUACAGGGAGAGUGCACAACAGUCUGCCCCGGAAGCAGCUCGCACUUCACGUGCCCGUCCAUCGGCUUUUUCGCAGAUCCGUUGAACUGCAACUGGUACUACUACUGCGACAGCACGCUGCAAGCAUCGCACAGUCAGUGUCCAGACGGAAGCCACUUCGAUAGCACCGUGGGUAGCUGCUUGAUGGGCGAGUGUCCUAGCAGGCUGGUCGGUAUGGACCGGGAAGUUGGAGUGCGACCUCUGCGCUCUGUUUCUAGCCUUUCAUUACGACGUGAGGAAGCCCAGAUUCCAUUCUGGAAUUCUCGCAAGGAGACAUUGCAGAUGCCAAGUCCAUAG